CUUUUGAUUGUAAUCCUAAUAUUGGUAGUGCUUGUGGAGAAAUAAAAGUAAACCUUGGUCAUAGAUGGAGAAACCUUCUUAAUCCUUUAGUUGCGUCUCAAAAUUUUGAAUAUAAAAUGUCUAAUAUCUUAGACAAACUAUUUGAAUCUGUUUUUGGUUACAUUUCAGUAUUACCAGAUGCUUUCUCUGCAUAUAGAUACAAAGCAUUAAUGAAUAGACCUUUGGUAUCAUACUUGAAAGGUGAGACCAUGCAUGGUUCAGGUGUUUCUAAGACUAGUAUUUUCGAAGCAAAUAUGUACUUGGCAGAAAAUCGUAUUUUAAGUUUCGAGCUUGUCAUUAAAAAACACGAAUCAUGGAAAUUACAAUAUAUAAAGUCCACCACUUCAAAUCCUGCAACUGAUCCUUUCAAAGGCCAUGAAGAUAAAUUAUUUGAUGCUGCACGAUCAUUAUAUUUAAUAAUUAUUGUAAUAGUUUUUAUCUGUUCAAUGGGAAAUCGUACAAAAGGAGAUAAUACUAAUACUGGCAAUCUGAAUAAUAUGCCUGAAGAAGAUAAUAAAGCGACCAUUAAGAUUAAUAUCAUUGAGGAAGAAGAUAUAGAUGCUGCAUACAACAACAUUAUCGAUGAGUUAAAAUUAAAGAUCACAAAGAAAAGCAAUACCAUAAUGCCUUUACAAAGAAAGAUGAUUAUUAUAGAUUGUUUAGAACAAAUUUAG